GUAUCUUUAUUUGGGCUGCUCAGCAACGGUUUCUCACUUUACAUAACACGCACGAGAUCACUCUUCCGCAGUGCAUUUGGAGCUCUAUGCAGCAGUUAUCUAAUUUGCAACUUAGAAGCCAUAGUUUUACUUUUGAUAUGGUGUACUAUCGUCUUAAGCGU